UUGAUUUGCUCCCUAAUUGACCCAAAUAAAGCCCUCGGUGACAGGGGUUCCACCGACCCUGAGGCACGAUCAAAAGCGAAGGCGAAUUGGAGGCCAGUAAUACCCUUUCAUGAGUAAUCCCAUUUGCUAUUGUGAUCGUCCAAUAGCAGAAUGCCCUCGGCUUGUUAACCAUUUGACUUGACUUGGAUUUUUUCUUUACUACAGCUCUGCUUCUCGCUGUACUGGCGCCGUGGACGUACGAAGGAUUUAAUCCCACCGAAGAGAUGACUGAGCGGGGAUAACAGGAGGGAAAGGAUUCGUUACUUUUUGUGUAAAAGUAUUCGCGAAUCAACUGGCUAUUGCUGUACAUAGCGUUUGCUGCAGAAGAAAUGCAUGACAAAAGCCCACAACGGCAUACUUCGAACACAUCGAGGAGCUCGUCGUUUUUCAUCGAGAAUUUACUUGGCUCUUGUCGGACAACCCCGUCUGCCAGUCCCAUUAAUGAUAGCGAUGGCAAGGGGAGUAAAAGAGAAGUGGUUCUCAAAGGCAGCACUAAAGCGCAUCGAAAUGAAAUGUGCAGUCAAGCAGCUACAGGCUUCAAGACAGAGAUGUGUCGGGACACACAGUCACCUCUGGAGUGGCAUGGACGAGGAACCUCAUACUUAAAAGCUCUGGAGCCUCCAGAGAGUCCAAAAGAGGAAACCCGCAGUUUGGAUGAGCAUUGCCACUCAGUCGCCAGCGACAGGGACACCCCCGUGGCCUGCGAGCUUCUUGAUGGAGCAGUGGACCGAAAAACUAGCGAGUCAGUGGUCUACGAUGGCGAGGACGCACGACAACUCUUCGAUGAGCGUUCAGGACCUGACACUUCCGAGCUAGGCUCGGCCCGGAAGAAAAAGACCCGGACUGUGUUCAGCAGAAGCCAAGUCUUCCAGCUAGAAUCAACGUUCGACCUGAAGAGAUACCUGAGCAGCUCUGAGCGCGCCGGCCUCGCGGCCUCCCUGCACCUGACCGAGACGCAGGUGAAAAUCUGGUUCCAGAACCGCCGAAAUAAAUGGAAAAGACAAUUGGCCGCCGAUUUAGAGGCUGCUAACUUCAACCCCAGCCCCCAACGGAUUGUACGGGUGCCCAUCUUGUACCACGAUAAAACGACACCCAUGUCCUCACUCAGUUUUAACGUGUCCCAAGUCUCGCCACCAAUCAUGGGCUUCUCGAAUUCAGUGAACUAUCCAUUGACAUCAUUUGCGCAUUCAGUGAAUUUGCUCACGUCGCAAAUGACAGGCCUUGUCUGACUUUGGGUGAUGGACACAUGGUGCCCAAUGAAAAUGAUCAUUAAUUAUUUUGAAAGGUGCAAUAACUGAUAGGCUAGGCUAUAUAGCCGGCUGGAAACUGCAGUCAUGAUGUCUGCUGCAUCCAAAGAAAACACCUAUCAUCCUGUACAUCAAAAGUGAAAGACAUAAGUUUGUGUUUAUUGUCACAGUUGUAUGUCUAUAAUAUUUACUCUGUGCAUGGGGGUCCUCGCCUAUGUAAAGGCAACACUUGCUUUGAGCAAAUAUAUUUUUUAUUCAG